UCUUCACUCCUUGUCCAGAAGAAUCCCCAGCAUCAUGGAAGCAAAAGAAGCCCAGCGAGCAUCGUUCCUGCUAGACGCCCAAAACAAAGCCAUCGCGCUUUUCCAAGAAAUUGAAAGGAGCCUAGUUCGUCCUGGCAUCAGCGAAAAGGCAUUAAGCGAUGAAAUCCACAAACUAGGCGCCGAACGCUACGGCGUCCGAACCCAUUGGCACAAACGCGUCGUCCGAAGCGGAGAAAAUACCCUUCGACCAUAUGCCGAUAACCCUCCCGAUCGAGUCAUCCAAGAAGACGACAUUCUCAUCGUGGAUCUGGGCCCCGUCUUCGAAGAAUGGGAGGCCGAUUUUGGGCGUACGUUCGUGCUGGGGGAUGACCCGCACAAGAAAAGGCUGCGCGAUGCGCUCCAGCCCAUUUGGGAGAUUGUCAAGAACAAAUACCGUGAGAAUCCUGAUAUGACGGGCGAGGAGUUAUAUGAUAUCUCUUGUGGUGUGGCGCGGGAGCAUGGCUUCGAGUUUGGGGCUCAUAUUGCGGGGCAUAUCGUUGGGGAUUUCCCGCAUGAGCGUAUUCCCAAGGAUCAGAAGACGUUGUAUAUCACCAAGGGGAAUGAUAAGAGUAUGAAUUGUGUGGGGCCGGAUGGGUUUAAGAGGCAUUGGAUUCUGGAAAUUCAUCUUCAUGAUCUUGCAAGACAAUUUGGGGGAUUCACGGAGCAACUUUUGACGGUGAACUAAACUCGACCGGGGGUGCUAGAUGUAUUCUGGAACCGUUAGAUGUUUCGGCUCUGUGAUUUCGGGAAUUGAACCUAUCAGAUAGACUAUCUUCGGCACGACUUGUAGAUCCAAGAUCCAUGUAGCAAUGAUGUUUAUCAUGGGUUAACUGUUUGUAUGUUUCGGUCAGGCAAUAGUGCUUCGGCUGCAGAUCUACAUCAUUUCAAAGUAUAUAGGGUGCGGUACCUGAUAUACAAAAGUCUAAAGUAUAGCUAGAGUCGAAAGCUUAAACUUUACCUUCUAG